AUGGGAUGCGGUAACGACAGCAGCGAAUUCGAUCAAUACUUUUACUGUUGCAAGUUGCUCAAAACCUUCGAGGGCUUCAUCAGCCAUUGCCACAGCAGGCACUGGGGUCCCAAGAAUUCCGCGGGCGUAUUGUCAUGUGAUUGCGGUCGCUUCCGCGGCAAUUACGAGAGCUACCUCGACCACCUCGAAAUUCUCGGAGACUACUGGUACUGCGAAGACUGUGACGAAUACAGCCACGACUGUCCUGACUGCUUAAAGGAACACACAGUGCGGCAUGCCUUGCACGAGGAAGUGCUGGAGCACCAGAAUCAGUUAGCCAAAAAAAAAUUGAUGAAGACUCAUAAGGAGCUCAGGCUACUUGAUGAGGAGGUCGUCACACUAAGAAAAGAAAAACGCGCUCUGGAGACGAAGGUGAACGAACUCCUUGGGACGAAUGACGAGCUACUGACGCAGCUCGCGGCGUUUACGAAGCUACCCGCCGUCGGCUGCGGAGUCACUAGAGAUAGUACACCGGAGGCAGCACUGGAGGAAGUGGCGACCACUGCACCGGAGGCAGCACUGGAGGAAGUGGCGACCACUGCACCGGAGGCAGCACCGGAGGAAGUGGCAUGUACUGCACCAGAGGAAUUGGCGACCACUGCACCGGAGGUAGCCACCCAAAUGGACGGGGUAAUUGUGGCUCCGCUGCAGCUAACGGUUGAAGAGGAGCAACAUGGCGAGCAGUGA